AUGCCAAUCCAUAAUGAUCCUGAGAAUGAUAAUGAAUUAAUCAAUCAAUCUAUUCCUGUGACAACCAUUGCUAGACUAUUCAAAGAAUUAUCUUUUAAAGAUCCCCAGACCAGAAUCACCUUGAGUACAUUAGAAUUGUCAUCGGAAUAUAUUAAACUAUUCAUCAAUGAAGCCAUUAUUCGAGCAAAUGAAGAGCGUAUAGAUGAAGGUGACACAUUAGUACAAAUAGAUGGUAUUGAUAAUGUGACAUCCACAGCAAAAAAUAAUCAAGAGACUCAAUAUCCUACAAUAGAUGAGAUUGAAGAUUCUAUGAGAAUUGAUGAUGAUGACGAUAGUAAUAAUAUUAAUAUUGGUACUGUUAAUGAAGAUGAUGAUGAUGAAUUGAUUGAUGAUGAUUAUUUCCAAGAUGAAUCAGAUACACAAAGACAAUUACGUCAAGCAAUGGAUGCUGUGAAUGAUACAACUCGGAAUAAUAAUCAUAACAAUAAUAGAAAUAGGACUACUACUACUACUACUAAUAAUAAUAAUAAUAAUAAUAAUAAUAAUAAUAAUAAUAAUAACACUGAUAAUAAUCAUGCUGAUAAUAUUUUAGAUUCAAGACAUCUAGCGAAAAUUGCUGGGAUUUUAACCCUAGAUUUUUAG